UGGUUGCUUCUGUGUGAUAAUGGAGAAAACUAACAAAACAUAUCAUAUACCACUGUGGUUCCUAUGAAGCCACAUGUGAGCAGCAGCCCUUUGCAUUUGCUGUGGCUCUAGAACUCUUCCCACAGGUUGCCAGUGUUGCUCUGGUUCCCGUUUGGGUUGUUUGUGGGCACAUCACAGCCUCUAGGGACCACUUCUGUUCUUUUUCUCUUUUUGAAAAUAAGAUCCUGUGGUUUUGGUCUCUUACUUGCAGGACUUUUAAGGUUUAUUUUUUUAAAAAAAUGGAUAAUACUUUUAAAGACCUUGGGGUUUUUUGGUUUGGAAAGUGUGCGUGCGUGCGUGCGUGCGUGCGUGCGUGCGUGCGUGUGUGUGUGUGUGUGCAUUAGUAUUUAGCUCAAUAGUCUCAUUCAUUCUAAAUUGAAUUCGUUUUAUAUCUAGAUAGCAUUUUCUUUUACUAAUGGUAGCAUUGGAAAACAAGCCUAGAGUCUUCAUAACCAGCACCCUUGCUAACAGUAGAGUUCUAAGACUCUUAUUUAAUCCUAGGAUCACACAUUAUCAGUCAAUCACUUGUAAACCACAGUAUUUUAAUUAUGCUUCCUGUUCUUCACAAUCAUACAGAUAUAUUUUGUAGCACAUUCUCUUCCCUAGUUACAGGGUAGUACAAAAUUAAAUAGCUAACUUAACUAGUUGUAGAUGUUAAGAAAAGCUUGUAGGUUGAUCUCCCUGAAAACUUGAAAGAAUAAACUCGUCUUUGCAAAGUAGCACACCAUGUAAUUUGCUCUAAGUCAAGAGCCUAAUGAAGAAAGAUACUAGUGUGUGUUUAGCAAAGGUUUAUGUAUUGCCUUAGGAAAUAAGCUGUAUUUUAAAUUAACACUUCACAAAAACUACAGAUUUGAUGUUCUGCUAAAGUCUAUGUAGCAUGAACCUUGAAUAGAAUACAAAGUGUGCGUGCGUGCGUGCGUGCGUGCGUGCGUGCGUGCUCUCAUGGGUUGGUGCAGGGGUGGGGGAGAGCUCUAUCUGACUCAGCUUUGAGGUAGCUGAGCUUCUUCCCUUUAAAGAUGUUCUUUCAUCUUUAGUGUCUUUGUUUCUUUUGUUCUGUUAUGACUUUGAACUAACAAGAACAGUUGCCCUUCAUUCCUGUGUAUUGAAUUUAGAUACCGUCCUUAGGAGAUGUGAUGCCACAAUUGAAUGUUUUUAUUCUUCUAUGGGGUGCUUGUUUGUUUGGUGGUGGGUAGAUGUGAUUCAUGUAAAGCCCUCACCUCCCGCUCCAGAGGAGACAGUUGCUACUUUGCUGCAGAAUUGGCUGUUGUCAUUUUACAGGGAUCUUUCACUCUGAUCUCUCCUUCCCUCCCCACCAGGAAAGAAUGCCAUACUUAAGUCACCCUGCCUCCAAGACCUCUGGUGCUCUGACAGUCUUCCUUAGCACAGCUCUGCCAGACCCAGUCCCUUUUGUUAAACCUUCCCUUGAUGAUCACAUGGGGCAGCGGGGAUUACAGGUGCCAAGAGUGAAAACCAGGAGGGGAAAGAGUCUGGGGACUAGAGAGGAUGGGGUUCGGGGCUACCACGCUAGGUGAACAGUGAUUUUUGAACAGAAGGGGUGGGGGUGGGGCUGGUGAGGUCCUUCCUUUUUGGGGAGAAUAUGGGGUAGGAGAAGGGAAGGAAAACUAUUUAAUGUCUUAAGAAACUAGUUAAAAAUUCCUUUCCUGUUGGAGACCAGUGUAGGAAGCAUCCUUAUUCCCCCUAGAAUACUCCUCUUUCUAGGUAUUAUCUCUAGUUGGAGUUUGUAAGUUAAACAAGUGUAGUGGGGCUGCCUACAUUCUGUUCAUGUGUAAACAGCAUGUGCUCUGAGUGGGGGGUGGGGGCUGCUUUGUUCCAUUUUGAAGGAAAUUUAAGCCAGCCUAAAUAAUGAUGACAGGAUUAAGUUUGGCAGGCAACUCUUUGUAUUUUGUAUUAGACUUCAAAAAUCUUUUCUUCUUCUUCUUUUUGUUUUUUGUUUUUUGUUUUUUUUAAUCCAGGAGAAUGCUUUAUUUCAACUUUUAGCUGACUAGAUGCUUAACUUAGUAACAAGUUUAGCCUAGCUAAAAGCAAAUCGGCUUGUUUCUCAGAUCUAUGGGGGAUAGCAAGAAACAUUUGAGUGAAUGUUGUUGAAGAUUGUCAGUAGUAUAGAAAAUGAUGGCGCUCUUGUGAUAUUUGUAAGUACAAGCAAGGAUUUGGCACAGACAUCCUAUUUCAUGGCUACCAACAGUUUGCAUCUUACGACCUUCUGUCUCCAGUACAAACCCACGGUCAUAGCAUGUGUGUGCAUUCAUUUGGCUUGCAAAUGGUCCAAUUGGGAGAUCCCUGUGUCAACGGAUGGAAAGCACUGGUGGGAAUAUGUGGACCCUACGGUUACCCUAGAGCUGCUAGAUGAGCUAACACAUGAGUUUCUACAAAUAUUGGAGAAAACGCCUAGUAGGUUGAAGAGGAUUCGAAACUGGAGGGCUAUGGCUAAGAAACCAAAAGUAGAUGGACCAGCAUCAGAGACACCACUGCUCGGUCCAUCUCUGGUCCAGAAUUCCCUGUUAGUAGAUAGUGUCACUGGUGGGCCUGCCAACCCAAGUUUCCAGAAACCUUCAACAUCAACCUUCCCUGCUCCAGUACCUCUAAGUUCGGGAAGUACUUGUGUUCAGGACAGCCGUGCAUCUGAUAGUCUGUCGAUACUGGCAACAGGAAUGCCCAGUACCUCAUACAGUUUGUCCUCAUCACACCAGGAAUGGCCUCAGCAUCCAGAUUCAGCCAGGACAGACCCGGUAUACACUCAGAAACAGGAGUCCACUCUCUCUGGGAGCCAGUACCUCAGCUUCCAGCAGGGACCUUCAAUGACACUGCAUUCAGGAUUGCAUCACAGGCCGGACAAAGUUGCCGAGCCUCCAUCGGCUAAGCAAGAAUAUGCUCACAAAUCCGGGGGCAGCAAGCACCAUGGGCCCAUCCCUGCUGCUCCCGGAUUAGCACCUCAGAAAAUGUCUUUAGAUAAGUACAGAGAGAAGCGGAAGCUGGAAACCCUCGACCUGGACACAAGGGGUCAUUACAUAGCUGCCCAUGCAGAGCAGCAGCACAGACAUGGGCCAGCCCAGGCUGUCGCGGGCAGCUCUGUCACUUCUCCCAUUAAAAUGAAACUUGCCAUCGCCAACUCCGACAAACCUGAGAGAAGCAUGGCCGAGAAAAAGGAAAAGAGUGGAUCGCUGAAGUUACGCCUUCCCAUCCCACCGCCUGAUAAAGGUCCCAGUAAAGAAGAGCUGAAGAUGAAGAUCAAAGUGUCGUCCUCGGAAAGACACAGCUCUUCUGACGAAGGCAGCGGGAAGAGCAAGCACUCGAGCCCACACAUCAGCAGAGACCACAAGGAGAAGCACAAGGAGCACCUUGCCAAUCGCCACCACAGCAGCCACAAGCACUUGCACAUGCACGGUGGAGGAGGAGGUGGAGGAGGAGGCAGCGGUGUCGGCAGUGGCAGCGUUAAGCAUGCUGCUGAUGGGAUGCCACCCACUGUGCUGAGGAGUCCUGUAGGCCUGGGCCCAGAAGGCAUCUCCUCCAGCUCCAGUGCAAGGAAGAAGCUGCAUGUCAACGAUGCCUCCCACAACCACCACUCCAAAAUGAGCAAAAGUUCCAAAAGUUCAGGUAGUUCAUCUAGUUCUUCCUCUGUUAAGCAGUAUCUAUCCUCUCACAGCUCUGUUUUUAACCAUCCCUUACCCCCUCCUCCCCCUGUCACAUACCAGGUGGGCUACGGACAUCUCAGCACCCUCGUGAAACUGGACAAGAAACCAGUGGAGCCCCACGGUCCUGAGGCCAAUCACGAGUACAGUACAAGCAGCCAGCAUUUGGACUACAAAGACACAUUCGACAUGCUGGACUCGCUGCUAAGUGCCCAAGGAAUGAAUAUGUAAUCACUUGUUUAGGUCAACUCUUCCUUUCUUUUGAAUUUAAAAACGGUUGGAAUGGAAGCUUCCUCCUGAUCCAGCAGUGGGGCCACUGCUUCCGUGUUUGUAAGUGCUGCUUUAUUCUCCCCUCUGAAAAGAAGAGAUGAUAGGAAACGAGUCUGUCUCCACACACCAUAGUGUUACAGUCCUGUAAACGCAUGGAAGAUGCAGCUAAGAACAUUAGGAUGAAUGGCUGGCUGCUGCUAGGAGUCUAAGCUGCCUCAAGCUGUUGUUAUUUAUGAUUUGAAUACUGUAGCUGUUAUUUUUGUUGCUUGGCUUUGAAUGAGUGUCAACUGUUUCCUUUUGUGUAUUUAUACUUGUAUGUAUGGUUUGCAUGUCUCAGUGAUAAAGGGAUAAAACAGUAUACUGACAACUGUUUACAAGGAAGUGGAGAAAAAUGUACAUACAUUUUUGUAUGUGUAGAUAUUACCAUAAAUACUCAGGAUCGGAGCUGCUUGUAAGUAUAACAAUAUACAGAAUAACUUUAUUUUCUCUCGUCAGAGUCCAUCACUAAUCUAAAACACAAGUGGCACUUUUUUAUGUUAACCUUAAACUCUAGGCCUUACUGGAAGCCGCUGAGGGGACACUUCACUACUAGGCGGGGAUGCGGUGCCACAGGUGGCCCUUAACACUGGGAAGUGCUCAGUUUGCCUUCAGAGGUUCUGACCAGAUUGGCUGCAGAAUCAGCCCCUGAUUUCUGAAGGCUGAAGAGGAAAAAAAAAAUAAAGUUUACAUACACUUGAUGUGAAGUGCAUUUAAAUGUUUGUUGGCUUGUGCAGUGCUGGAGAAGAGCAGUUAAUAAUGGGGAUGAGGAUGACUGUGACUUAGCUCACAGGAACUCCCAGGGAAGAAUUGGUCCAUUUCUUCAAGAACUUUGACACUACCGAUUCUAGCAGUGAACAGGAAUCUCUUUUCCUUUAACGUUUGCAGUGACACCAUAGUCUUGAAUAUACUCUUCCCAUGGAGAGAGAGAGUGAAUGAGUAUGUGAAAGCGAGAGAGAUACCGUAUUUCUUUUUCAGGUAAAUGCAGUCUUCCUUAUACAAAUGAAAUGAAACCUCUGCUCUCUUGAUUCUUUUAUAUUCUAACAAUAAAUAAAAAGAACACAUUGCUGACUGUGCAUUGUACCUGUAUUUAUAGCUUAUGGUCAUUAUCAGGAAAAUGUAAGGAAAAAGGCCAGCCUCAGGCAAGACCCUGCUGGAGGUUUUACAUUUGUUUGCACAUCUCAGAAGGUUCUUUCUCAUCGAGGUGAUGCUGGCACUGUCCCCUGACGCCUGGUCAGGGGAUAGAUGGACUUGUCUACAUUUUGGUGUAAGCACCAAUAAUAUGGCUCUUGUCUCUUGCCCAAUCUUGAAUUUAUUUCUGUGGUAAGUCUUAGCUGUUGAGUCUCUUAAGAUGGGUCGGAUUCAACUUGUAUUGAAUCAUAGUUUUCCUCUGUAUAUGAACUGUUUUGUUAUAAAGCCACUGAUCUGUGCACAAUUGUAAUUUUAUUCAAGUAUGUUGUGGUUGUAAAUAUUAGAGUUGAGCCUUGUACUCUACUUUUAUUUAGCAAUUACCUAAUUUGCCAGUAGCUGUUUGUUUGUUUGUUUUUUAAAGAAAUUGUUGAUUAUUUUGUCAAUGUUAUUUGAACUUGGGAUGUCAGGAGCCUCUUUGUGGGAACUCAGCCUAGCAGGCUCAUCCUCACUCUGUUUUUUCUUGCAUCAGUAAUCUGUUACUAUGUGAUUUUGUUGUGGUGGUAUACUAUUGUAUCAUAAACAUGGUGAUUCUGAUGCAGCUACAGUUUUACUGUGGAACAUAUUCAAAGACUAGCAUAGAAUUAAACAGUGCGAGGCGAGGGAGGGAAGGGUUUUGUUCUUGGUGAUUUAGAUGUGAAACCUCGACAGAGCAUCAUGUGAACUGACAUGGGGUGGUCAUGCUACUGUAUCAUUGGGAGUGAUGCCAGGAAUUUUAAUCAGCUUUUGUAAAGAAUAUCCAGAAAAGUAGUAGUGAACUUAUUUUCAGUAUGACAUAGAAAACAAUGUGAAUAUUUAAGGUCUGGGACUAUAUAGUUAAACUUCACUAAGGAUUUUCAGAAAUGUGUUGGGGGUGUUUUUGUUUUUGUUUUUAAGAUAUGGGAAUAAAGGUAAUUUUGUUGAAUCUUAUUGGUGCUAAUGACGGACAGUUAAACAGAUAGUGUAUAUGCUGUGGAUCAGUACACUUAGUACUUCCAGAAUUGACUUUGAAAUGCUAUGUAUUCACUUUCCACUCUGUAAAUGUAAUUCUUUACAAUGACUAUUUAUUAAAAGGCAGUCAGUCAUGAUUUUUACAGGAUUGUGUGAACUAUUCAAACUCUGCAACCUCUGACCAAGAUGCUAAAACCACAAUGGGGAUAGUGUGUGAAUCCUCUUACGUUCCCUUUCCACUAAGGAAAACCCUCAUGAUUUAUAUCACCAUGAGUUUGCUUGAACCAUCUUGUUUGCAUAAAAUAGUUCAUCUGCAUGGUCCCAUUAGACUCUACCAAAGAAAAAAGACUCAGUGAAUGGACAUUCUAUUGUGAGUCUUGUAAGUAGCCAUAAAUAACCAAAAUAGUAUCAAACUUAGGCGUGAAUUUCACAUGUGCGAAGUACUGUUAAGGUGAUUCAUUUUUGAUGAGUUUUUUUAAUACUUGAAAAUAUUAAAAAGCAUUCUCUUUAAA